AAAAAAUCAAGUAUGUAUAGGUAAUUCCAUUCUUAAAAUUUCGUCUCAAAAGUAUAUAAAAUGCUGGCACCAACAAACAUGCAACAGUUUGAAAAUUAAGUGCAUCAACGACAGAUCAAAGCAACAUGAAGACACUUACAGUGAGACAUCUUUUUGCAUUUGUUGUAUUACUAGUUUUGGCCAUGCUAUCACACUCCAAAUCUAUAGCACCACUAAUAUCUAAGGGUGAAUUAGCGACAGUAACCCCAAAUAAAGAAACAGUUUUACCGAUUCAAGCACCCAAUGAUAAAACCAACGAGAAAAAAGAUGGAGAAAUUAUGGAAACUGCCAAUGCGAUUGUUUUCAGACCUCUGUUUGCUUAUAGAAGGAUGCAAAGUCAAAGAAGAAGGGUUUAUGUGCCCAGAAGAAGACCUAGUUAUUAUUACUAUUAAAAAAUUAAUGUUUAGUUUUAAUUUAUUUAUUUAUCUAUUUAUUUAAUCUUAUUUUUUAUAUUGAGUGUUUGUACCUCUCUACGAUAAUAAACUUGUAAUAUUUUAA